UCCAUUGGGCUGUAAUCAGUGUCAUGUCGGAUUCACGUUAACUACAACAGGGCGAAACAAAAUGGCGGCGGUUUAGGUGAGCCGAGCGGCGGCGGCGGCAGGGGGAGCAGCGGCGGGAGACGCGGCGGCAGAGGGGGAGCGGCGGCAGCUGCGGGGCAGAGCCGGUGGCGGCGGCAGCCUCAGCAUCAGCCCGGCAGCAGGGGGAGCAGCUGCAGCACCUGGAGGUGGCUCCUCCCCUUUCAGCCGCGGCCCCGCGGAGCGAUUUUUCAGAACAGUUGGAGAAUCUUCCACUUACCAAGAGUACUGAUUGGAUGCAGUGCUGAGGAGUUCCAUUCCAUCUGCUCUGUAAGGAUGUUCUGGUACCACCAGGAGUGCAGUCAUUCUUGCCUUUCACAUUGGUAAAGUAAUAAGGAAUUUCAGUCUGCAGAUGUUUCUCUGCCUCUUCUGAUUGCUUGAGGAUGGAUAUUUAUGAGACGCAACUAAACAGCACAUGGGAUCAUCUGAUUGCUUUCAAGUUGUGACUAACAUCUGAAAGAUUCCUUAGAAGGAUAAGGAGGAACAUCUAUGGGUAACUCUUGGCUGGAAGCAAUUACUGGUCAACCAUGGUAAAACUUGCAAACCCACUUUAUACAGAGUGGAUUCUUGAAGCUAUACAAAAGGUUAAAAAGCAAAAGCAAAGGCCAUCUGAAGAGAGAAUUUGUCAUGCUGUGUGUGCUUCCCAUGGAUUGGAUAAGAAGACUGUUUCCGAACAGUUGGAACUAAGUGUUCAAGAUGGUUCUAUUCUUAAAGUUACCAACAAAGGCCUUGCAUCUUACAAGGACCCAGAUAAUCCUGGACGUUUUUCAUCUGUUAAACCAGGCACUCUUCCUAAAUCUGGUAAGGGAUCUAGAGGAGCCUGUAAUGAGCUUCGUAAUGUGGAUUGGAAUAAACUAUUGAGAAGAGCAAUUGAAGGGCUUCAAGAACCAAAUGGCUCCUCCCUGAAAAACAUAGAAAAAUAUUUGAGAAGUCAAAAUGACCUAGCUCAUAUUUUUAGCAAUCCUACCUUUCAGCAGAGAUUGAGGCUGGGGGCCAAACGUGCUGUAAAUAAUGGAAGGUUACUGAAGGAAGGACCUCAAUAUAGGGUGAAUUAUGGCAGUUUGGAAAGCAAAGGAACUCCAAAAUAUUCCAGUGGUUUCCCAGCUUCUCUCCCACCUGUCAGCCUCCUACCCCAUGAAAAAGACCAGCCACGAGCUGAUCCUAUUCCAAUAUGUAGCUUCUGUUUGGGGACUAAAGAAUCAAAUCGUGAAAAAAAGCCAGAAGAACUGCUGUCUUGUGCAGACUGUGGUAGCAGUGGGCACCCAUCAUGUUUGAAAUUCUGUCCUGAGUUAACAACAAAUGUAAAGGCCUUAAGAUGGCAGUGUAUUGAAUGCAAGACAUGCAGUGCAUGUAGAAUCCAAGGCAAAAAUGCAGAUAAUAUGCUUUUCUGCGACUCUUGUGAUAGAGGGUUCCACAUGGAGUGCUGUGACCCACCACUUUCCCGAAUGCCAAAAGGGAUGUGGAUUUGCCAGGUCUGUAGACCAAAGAAAAAGGGAAGAAAGCUACUUCAUGAGAAAGCUGCCCAAAUAAGGCGACGAUAUGCAAAACCUAUUGGACGACCGAAAAAUAAACUAAAGCAACGAAUGUUGUCUGUAACCAGUGAUGAAGGAUCCAUGAAUGCAUUCACAGGAAGGGGGUCACCUGGUAGGGGUCAAAAGACUAAAGUCUGUACCACACCUUCAUCUGGUCAUGCUGCAUCUGUGAAGGAUUCAAGCAGCAGAUUGCCUGUUACAGACCCCACUCGGCCUGGUGCCACCACCAAAAUCACCACCACCUCCACCUACAUAUCUGCCUCUACACUUAAAGUAAACAAGAAAACCAAAGGGCUCAUUGAUGGCCUUACUAAGUUUUUUACACCAUCACCCGAUGGUCGCAGAUCACGAGGUGAAAUAAUAGACUUUUCAAAGCACUAUCGUCCAAGGAAAAAGGUCUCUCAGAAACAGUCAUGCACUUCUCAUGUGUUGGCUACAGGUACCACACAAAAGCUAAAACCUCCACCUUCUUCACUUCUACCCCCAACCCCCAUCUCUGGUCAGAGCCCCAAUUCACAAAAAUCCAGCACUUCCACCUCUUCUAACUCUCCCCAAAGUUCUUCCAGUCAGUCAAGUGCACCCUCCGUUGGUAGCCUUCCUAAUAACAGUCAGCUAAAGGGACUCUUUGAUGGACUUUCUCAUAUUUAUACUACUCAGGGACAGUCUCGAAAAAAGGGACACCCAAGUUAUGCACCACCCAAACGUAUGCGUCGUAAACCAGAAUUAUCUUCCACAUCAAAAUCUAAUACCCAUUUCUAUGGAAAGAAAGAGGUUAGAAGUAGGUUUAUUUCUCAUUCCUCUGCCUCUGGAUGGGGUGUAUCUAGAGGACGUGCUUUUAAAGCAAUUGCUCAUUUCAAGCGAACAACUUUCCUUAAAAAGCACAGGAUUCUAGGCAGAUUAAAGUAUAAAGUGACCCCUCAGAUGGGGACCCCCUCACCAGGGAAGGGGAGCUUGGCAGACGGAAGGAUUAAACCUGAUCAGGAUAAUGAUACUGAAAUCAAAUUAAGCAUCAAACAAGAAAAUACAGAUGUUUUUCUGGUUGGAAGCAAGGACACUGUUACAGAGGAGGAUUUGGAAGUUUUUAAGCAGGCCCGGGAACUUUCUCUGGAGAAAAUUGGGUGUAAAAAUACUGGUGAAACAACAGGACGGUACCCUUCUGCGAUUGAAUUUGGAAAGUUUGAGAUCCAGACAUGGUACUCUUCGCCUUACCCGCAGGAAUAUGCAAGACUACCAAAGCUUUACCUGUGUGAAUUUUGUCUUAAAUAUAUGAAAAGUAAAAACAUUUUGCUAAGGCAUUCAAAGAAGUGUGGUUGGUACCACCCCCCAGCUAAUGAAAUCUAUCGAAGAAAUGACCUUUCAGUGUUUGAGGUUGAUGGAAAUGUGAGCAAAAUUUAUUGCCAAAAUCUUUGCUUGCUAGCCAAGCUCUUUCUGGACCACAAAACCUUGUAUUAUGAUGUUGAGCCAUUCCUCUUCUAUGUUCUCACAAAAAACGAUGAAAAAGGCUGCCACUUAGUUGGAUAUUUUUCUAAGGAAAAGCUUUGCCAGCAGAAGUACAAUGUCUCCUGCAUAAUGAUCAUGCCCCAAUACCAAAGGCAAGGAUUUGGAAGGUUUCUCAUUGAUUUCAGUUAUUUACUCUCUAGAAGGGAAGGACAAGCAGGAUCCCCUGAAAAACCACUGUCUGACCUGGGUCGUCUCUCCUACUUGGCCUACUGGAAAAGUGUCAUAUUAGAAUACCUUAAUUGCCACCAUGAAAAACAAAUCAGCAUCAAAGGAAUGAGUCGAGCUACUGGAAUGUGUCCACAUGAUAUUGCCACCACCCUUCAGCAGCACAGCAUGAUAGACAAGAGAGAAGAUAGAUUUGUGAUCGUUAGAAGGGAAAAAUUGAUCUUGAGUCAUAUGGAGAAACUAAAAGCUAAUCCACGUGUCAAUGAAGUAGAUCCUGAAAGUUUGAGAUGGACUCCCCUGUUAGUUUCUAAUGCUGCAGUUUCUGAAGAAGAGAGAGAAGCUGAAAAAGAGGCUGAGCGUCUGAUGGAGCAAGCUAGCUGCUGGGAAAAGGAAGAGCAAGAAAUAUUCUCCACAAGAGCUAAUAAUAGGCAAUCACCUGCAAAAGUGCAAUCUAAAAAUAAAUAUUUGCGAUCUCCAGAGAGUGUGGCAGUGGUGGGGGAUCGAGGGCAAUCCACAGAGCAAUCUAAAGAAAGCAGCGAGGAUGAUGAAGGGGAGGAGAAUCAUCCAAGUUCACCUCCCCGACUGACAAAACCACAAUCACUGGCCAUGAAAAGAAAGAGACCUUUCAUAUUAAAAAAGAAAAGGGGCCGCAAACGCAGAAGGAUUAAUAGCAGUGUUACAACAGAGACAAUUUCUGAAACUACAGAGGUGUUGAAUGAGCCAUUUGAUAACUCUGAUGAAGAGCGGCCAAUGCCACAGCUGGAACCUACUUGUGAGAUAGAUGGAGAAGAUGAUGAGUUAAAACCUGCCAUUAGAAAAGUGUUCCAGUACCAUCCUGGUAGGCAGAAACAGGAUGAAGAGGAAGAGCAGGACAAGGAGGACAAAGAGAGCCAUGAUUGUAACGAUGAUGAUCUGUGUAAAAACAACAUGGAGGAUGCAGCUGUUUUGGAAGAAAGCACUAAAGACAAUCCUGAACCCUUGAGGUGCAAACAGGGCUGGCCCAAAGGAGUGAAGCGUGGUCCAUCUAAAUGGAGGCAAAACAAAGAAAGAAAGCCUGGUUUUAAACUUAAUUUGUACACUCCCCCUGAGACUCCGAUGGAGCCUGACUACCAAGUUACAGUAGAGGAACAAAAAGAAGAGGCUGAAGACAAACUCUGCCAAGUUCCUCCUGUUGCAGAAGAGGAGAAUAAAGAGCUUGUUAAGGUCACUCAGCCUCAGGAUGUGUUGACAGAGCCAGAACCCGAGCCUCCGAAUCCACCUAGUGAGCCUGUUGAAAAGAUGGAGAAUGAGGAUAUGAAAGUAGAGGAAGAGGACAAGAAUGUGGAAGAAGAAGAAGAAAAGGUCAGUGCAAAAGAUCAAGAGAAAGACCAACUAGAAGAAACAUUAAUACAGAAAGAAGAGUCUGAGCAGUUGGAUGAUCGUGAGGAGGAAGAGGAGGAAGAGGAGGAGCCCUCUCACAAUGAGGAUCAUGAUGCAGAUGAUGAAGAUGAUAGCCACAUGGGUUCCACCGAAGUGGAGAAAGAGGAGUUACCAGGGGAAGCCUUCAAAGAAAUGCUAGAGAAUCAGGAGUCUUUUUUAGAUGUAAAUGUUCAAACUAGUAAUUCAAACCAGGAGGACUUAAUGGACUGUGGUGUUGACCUUGCAGCCAACUGUGAAGGUAACCACAAGGAGCUUACUGCAGAUCCAGAGCCUGUGCCUGAAUCUGAUGAUGAUCAUACCGAUAAUAACCAGGACCAAAAGGACAGCGAAGAAUUAAAUUCUGGUUUCAAAGAAGAAAAUACUGAAACUAUGGAGAUUGAUUCAGAGACAGUACAAGCAGUUCAGUCUCUAACGCAAGAAGCAAGUGAACAGGAAGAUGCAUUUCAGGACUGUGCAGAGACACAAGAAGCAUGUAGGAGCUUGCAGAACUAUACCCAUACUGACCAAAGUCCACAAAUGACCACAUUGGAUGAUUGCCAACAGUCUGACCACAGCAGCCCAGUCUCAUCUGUCCAUUCCCAUCCUAGCCAGUCAGUUCGUUCUGUCAAUAGUCCAAAUGUUGCUCCAUUGGAGAACAGUUAUGCGCAAAUUAGCCCAGAUCAAAGUGCCAUCUCUGUACCCUCAUUACAAAAUAUGGAAACAAGCCCAAUGAUGGAUGUUCCAUCAGUUUCUGAUCACUCACAGCAAGUUGUAGACAGCGGAUUUAGUGAUCUAGGUAGCAUUGAGAGCACAACAGAAAACUAUGAAAACCCAAGCAGUUAUGAUUCUACAAUGGGUAGUAGUAUCUGUGGAAACAACUCUUCACAGAACAGUUGCUCAUACAGUAACCUUACAUCUAGCAACCUAACACAGAGUAGUUGUGCAGUGACCCAGCAAAUGUCUAAUAUUAAUGGAAGCUGCAGUAUGAUGCAACAAACCAACAUCAGCUCUCCGCCUACAUGUAACGUAAAAUCUCCUCAAGGUUGUAUUGUUGAAAGGCCCCCAAGCAGCAACCAGCAGUUAUCUCAGUGCAGCAUGGCUGCUAAUUUCACACCACCUAUGCAGUUAACUGAAAUUCCAGAGACUGGCAGUGCCAACAUUGGCUUGUAUGAAAGGAUGGGUCAGAGUGAAUUUGGAGCAGGGCACUACCCACAGCCAUCUGCCACCUUCAGCCUUGCCAAACUACAACAGUUAACUAACACACUAAUGGAUCAUUCAUUGCCUUACAGUCAUUCAGCUGCUGUAACUUCCUAUGCAAACAGUGCCUCUUUGUCCACGCCCUUAAGUAACACAGGGCUUGUUCAGCUUUCUCAGUCUCCACACGCUGUUCCUGGGGGACCCCAAGCGCAGGCUACUAUGACCCCACCCCCUAACCUUACUCCUCCUCCCAUGAAUUUGCCACCGCCCCUUUUGCAGCGUAACAUGGCUGCAUCAAAUAUUGGAAUAUCCCAUACCCAAAGACUGCAAACGCAGAUGGCUGGCAAAGGCCACGUGUCUGUGAGAACCAAAUCUACACCUCUACCACCAGCCGCCACAGCCCAUCAGCCACAAAUCUAUGGGCGUGCUUCACAGACUGUGGCCAUGCAAGGACCAGCACGGACCUUAACAAUGCAGCGUGGUAUGAAUAUGAGUGUAAACCUGAUGCCAGCCCCUGCUUAUAAUGUUAAUUCAGUGAACAUGAAUAUGAACACUCUAAAUGCUAUGAACGGAUACAGUAUGUCUCAGCCCAUGAUGAACAGUGGAUAUCAUAGUAAUCAUGGGUACAUGAAUCAAACACCCCAGUACCCUAUGCAGAUGCAAAUGGGAAUGAUGGGAACUCAGCCAUAUGCACAGCAACCAAUGCAGACAACACCCCAUAGUAACAUGAUGUACACUCCUCCAGGACAUCAUGGCUACAUGAAUACUGGCAUGUCUAAGCAGUCUCUCAAUGGAUCCUACAUGAGAAGGUAGGCUCUGUGGAGAGAUGGAUAACCGAACUGGCAUAUUGGAUUGAUCUGCACAGAUAUCUUUUGGAGAGUACGAUUUCAAAACCAGCAAUUGGUGUGAAUGCAAAAACAUUUGUUGGCACCAUUUAAAAGCUGUAUGCAGCAGAAAGCCUUAUACAACUUUUUCUUUUUUAUUUUUAUUUUCCUUUUUGUACCUCCUUUAUUAUUUUUUAUUUUUUGUUAUUGUUUUUAUUUUGUUUUGGGUUUUUGUUUGAUUUUUUUGUUUUUUUGGGGGUGGGAUUGGGCUUUUUUAUUUUUAAUCGAAGUUAUCUGGAAAGGAACAACUCUUUCUAUGAACUGCAAUUACACAGCCGCUGAUGGUUCAGAGCCAUUUUAUGUGCCUGCUCCCAUUAAAAUGUGGAUAAAUAGACUCCAAAACUAUCAGACUUAGUACUGGACCCUGAGCUUUCUCUCUCCUUUCCCCCACAUGUAAAUGCCUUUUAGCAUUUCAUUUAUUGUAUUAUUUUGUUUCUUAAGGUGACACUUCCGCAUGCCGCUAAUGUCUUUGUUAGUGACAGUGCAUUUUGUAGUACUGUACAAGUGUUGUGCUUAACAGUAAGCCAUUUCUUAAGUUUUUUGCCUUGAUUAGGUUACCCUAGUUGAAGGGUAAAAAAACAGAACUAUAUUUUUGUUAAUUAUAAAACUUGUAAAAAUAAAAAGCAGUAAAAGCUAUUCACAUUUUGUUUAGUUCAAGGGGUUUUAUUGCUAAAUGUUUGGUGUAAAGUUGAGACUCUUUUCCAUUUUCUUUGGGUGAGGUGGGGAAAAAGGCAGCUUUCUGUUUUAUAAAUGCAGAUUUUUGUUGACUGAAGCAUAUCUCAGUGUUUAUUUGUUAAGUUUUGAAACAUUUUCAUAUAUGUCCAAAUACUUGGCAGAAUUUAAAAAAAAAUAGUGAAUUUGGUGUAAAGUUGCUAUUUUAUGGAAAUGCCUCUAACUUUACAUUUUCAUUCCAUCUGUAGAUUUUUCUAUCUUUAUAAAAUAUUGGAGUUAUUUUUUAAGGAAAAAAUAGAGCAGUAGCGUGUGAAUAGCUCUAACUAAGCUUACAGAUCGCAUGUAAAAAGGCAAAAGUUAUUUGUGUCUGUUUAUAUUGCUUCCUUUUUUGUAGCCUUUGUACCUGUACAGAGUGACUGUAAGGGCCGAGCAGAAGAGGCUUGAUACAUGUAUAAAAUAGGACCCAGUGACACUCUUGUAUUUAUCUGUUAUCUUUUUAGUCAGUCACUUAAAAAAAACAAAAAACAAGCUGUACAUUUUAACAUAAAAUAAAUUAUGAUGAGCCAUUUUUA